AUGCAUGGCAAAAAAGAUGGGAAGGAGCUGCGAAUAUAUUCUGAUGGCGUUUUUGACAUCUUCCAUCUCGGGCACAUGAAAAUGCUUGAACAGGUGAAGAAAAUGUAUCCCAACUGCACCCUUGUUGCAGGGGUGUGCUCGGAUGAAGACACUCAUAAGUACAAGGGAAUUACCGUCCUGACAAUGGAGGAGAGAGCUGAGUCGGUGAGACACUGCCGCUGGGUGGAUGAGGUGAUCAAAGAUGCUCCGUGGAUAAUAACGAAAGAGUUCUUGGGUGCGCAUAAUCUGGACCUGGUGGCUCAUGACAGCAUAGAAUACUCGUCAAAUGGCGUAGAUGAUGUGUACAAGGAAGCGAAAGAUCUUGGGGUGUUUGUGGAAACAAAAAGAACAGAGGGCAUCAGCACCAGCCAAAUCAUCACGCGAAUACUCAAAGAGUACGAGAUAUAUCUGUACAGGAACAUCAUCAGAGGAGUCUCCUGUGAAGAGCUGAACAUUUCCCAGCUCACAAAGCAGAAGAUAAUUCUGUCAGAGAGCAUCAAAGAAAAGCUGGGCCAGUUUAGAAGGAAGAUAGAGGAUAUACGAAACAAACAGCUGAAGGAUGGGCUGAGUGGAAUGAUGCGAGUGUGGAUGCAGACAACCCUGCAGCUGCGAAACAGGCUUGUGCUAUUUCUUAAGUAG